UUUAACAUUGACAUGGCGUUUUCGCACAAAAUGUUCUUUGGACGCCAGUGACAGCUCUGCCAGUUCAAUAUUUCAAUUUUUGCAGCGCGUCUCGCCCAAUUUUCCGCAAUUAAAUUCCACCAGCAAAGCUAUCAACAAAUAUGCUGUCAGGCCACAAACCUAUAUUGUACUUUUAGAAAAGUAAUAUUUGUUAAAGUGAGCGUGUGAGUGCUGGGAUUCGAAUCUACGGAAGUCCUUUUCGUUUGUGCUGUGCUGUUGUUGUUUUGUUGCUUUGGCUACUGCUGUCGCCCUGUAUACGCCCUUGCGAAUAAAAAUGGACAUGGAAUACGCCAACAUCAAUGAAUUUAAUGACCGCGACCUAGCGACACGCAUGCGCAACAGCAAUUAUGAAAAAUACAAGUCUCUGGUGCGCAUGCACCUCUCCUUCGAGCUGGAACUAAACACCGACGAGUUCGACAUGCCGUGCCAUGAAAUCGUCUACGAAGAUAAGGGCAAGAUAAAGAAGUGGAAUCGCCUCUCCAAGAAGAAUCGCGGACCUGCCACAGGCUGCACGGCUGGGGCAGGCAGUAAGUCGGCGGGCAACAGUCCCACUGAAACGCUGCAGCAACAAAUUGAUGCAGGCUUUCUGAUGCACCUGGAGGAGCUCAAAGAGUUUCUUAUGCUGGAGAAGAAUCUCACCCAGGAGGGACUAUUUCGCAAGACAGGAGCCGUUUCCAGGCAGAACGAGCUACGAAUGCACAUACAGCACGACCAGCCCUUGGAUUUGGAACUGACAGGAUUCUCGGCUCACGACUGUGCCACUGUUUUUAAGAGCUUUCUGGCCGAGCUGCCAGAGCCUUUGCUUACAGACGCCCACUAUCCAGCACAUCUUCAGAUAGCGCCGCUUAGCCAGGCAUUAAUGGGGGGUCAGGUGGCGCCUACCGCAGAGCGCCAACAACAUCUUCUCAACUCGGUGCAGCUGCUCCUUCUCCUGCUCCCCGAAGAGCAUCGCGAGUUACUGCAGCACAUUAUUAAAAUGCUCCAUUCGGUGGCAGCGCGUGAGGAGAGCAACAAGAUGUCCGCGGAGAAUUUGGCCAUCUUGUUUACACCGCACCUGAUUUGCCCCAGGCAAAUGCCGCCUGAGGCGCUCCACUAUACGGCGAAGAAGAUGUCCAGCAUUGUGUCCUACAUGAUUCAGCAGGGUCUGGAAAUCUUCGAAGUUCCCGGAAAGCUAGCCACCGAUAUUCGGGCGUACUUUCUUGAGCGCAAACGCAAAAAAACCAUGUCACCGGAGCAAACCCUUGAAGAAUCCAUCUCGGACGACUCGACGGUCAACACGGUGUACACUUUUGUAGAUCGUGCCGCCACGACAGCGGCAAACAACAGCAAUUACACGGACACUGCACUGGCGCAGCUGUACGCGCACAUUCAGAGCCUUCCGGAGUCCUCCAAGAAGCGUCGCCUCAUCAAGCAGUUUAACAAGCAAAACGGACAAGGCACAUCGCUGCAGGUCAUCGCGAGGAGCUCCAGCAUCACGAGAAGCAUGAUGCCAAAAUGAUGCGCGCCAUGGAGGAGGCAGAGCGUAAGAAGUAGAAAUCCAUAUGGAUCACUGCACCCAGCCGUUUCGUUAUAUAACACCAUUUCGAUCAUCCUGCAGCUAUGCCAUAAAUGCGGCUAAACUGAAACUGUAAACACUUUUGUAUGCGACGUAAUAAAGACUUGAAUGUACCCAAA